AUGACUGAACCUGUAGAGGUUAAUGAGAAGAAGGACAGGGUCAACGAUAGAGGAGGGCAUAGUGCCGGGGGCAGGUUGUGCCCCGUUGCGCUCGACAACCUAAAAGUCUCCAACAAGGACCACCAGACAGGUCCGUGGUCACGAAAGGAGAUCGCUCUUGAACGGCCACUGUGCCGAAGACCCUGCGUGCCGAUGGUGGACGCUGCAGGUCCUGAGGACUGCACAGGCACCUCGGGGUUCCUGGUUCCAUUCCCGACGGCGCGGCCUCGAACCCAGAGGACGCGACGGGCGGUCAGCGAGUCGCCGGAAGCAGACCCGCCACAGCGGCGAUGUGAUCCGGCCGCCGCCGAACAGCCAGAGAUGGUGGCGUUCCCCGACCCGGCCAAGGAGGAGGAGGCCUCGGGCGUGUACCGCAUCGCCGGCCUGCCGGUGCUGGUGGCGCCCUACCUGGGCCCCGACGCGGCCAAGGCGCCUGGGCCGCAGCUCACGCCGGCGGGCAGCUUCGUGGCGCUCAUCGCGCCGCCCAGGGACGCCGACGAGGAGGCGCCGCAACCCUCGCCGCAGCCGCCGCCGCCCGCGGGCGAGGAGCGCUGGUUCCACAUCGCGCUGCAGGUCGCCGUGCCCUUCGUGCUGGGCGGCAUGGGCACCAUCGCCGCCGGCGUCAUCCUCGGCGUCGUCGAGAAAUGGGAGGUGUUCUCCGACAUCCGAGCACUAUUCAUCCUCGUGCCGGCUCUGCAAGGCCUCAAGGGCAACCUGGACACCUGCCUGGCGUCGCGGCUGUCCACGCAGGCCAACAAGGGCAACAUGGUGUCCCUCAGGGAGGUCAAGAAGCUGGUCAUCGGGAACAUCGCCCUGGUUCAGGUUCAAGCAAUAGUCGCAGCUAUUGUUGUGUCGAUAUUUGCCUUGUCAGUGACCGCCGUCAUGAGUGGAGAGUUCAAACCAAACGAUGCUCUACUGCUAUCCGCAGCAAGUUUGAUGACAGCCACUUCUUCCUGCUUUUUCCUUGACCUUGUCCUCAUCUCAGUGAUCAUCGUGUCGUACCGCAACAAGAUGAACCCCGACAACGUGGCGACGCCCUUCGCAGCCAGCAUCGGUGACGUCAUCUGCCUGACUCUGUUCUCGCAGAUCGCCACUCUGCUCUACGGCAUCCAUGACACGCACUGGUGGAUCCUGGCGACCGUGAUUGGCAGCUACCUGGUGGUGCUGCCCUUCUGGAUAUGGGUGGUGCUGAGGAACGACUACACUAGGCCGGUGCUGAAGUCUGGUUGGGUGCCUGUGCUGUCAGCGCUCUUCAUCAGCGGGAUGGGCGGCCUGGUGCUGGACGAGGUGGUGGACAAGUUCAAAGGCUACGUGGUGUUCCAGCCGAUUGUGAACGGUAUCGGCGGCAACCUGGUGUCGGUUCAAGCCAGCCGCAUCUCCACGUACCUGCACGUGACCAAGCCCAGUCAGAUGGGCUUCAUCCCGCCGCAGACCCGUCUGUGGGCGUCUCCGUGGGCGGCUCUCUUCAAAGGACUGCCUUCAGCGAGAACAGCCCGGAUCCUGAUAGCAAUGGCUGUGUUGGGACAGUCGCUGUUCGUGAUAAUCGCUGAUUUGAUCCACUCUUCCACGUUCACGAUCCAAGCACCAUUCUUCUUCACGUACUUAGUAGUGAGCACUCUGCAGGUGACGAUACUUCUCUACGUAGCCCAUCACGUGGUUCACUUGAUGUGGAAGUUGAAGACAGAUCCUGACAACUCGUCCAUCCCGUACCUCACGGCUCUGGGCGAUCUGAUUGGUUCCUGCCUGCUCGGGUUGGGGUUCCUUUUCCUGCAGACCAUCCACUGCGAGUACUCGGGCUGAAGACAUGCCGCAGUAUUCGAGAGGAAUCUGCGAGUCACUGCUUGUUACCACUCAGAAUGUUAAGCUAUUGGGCCUCUUACACAAGAGAUUUCCAAGGCAUGCGUGUUGUAAUCCACACGAAGUUCGUAAGAAUUUCCACACCUGCUUAGUGAACAAAGAUACACUUUGAUGCGGUCGCUGAGGUUAUGUCUUGGGGGUAAAAAUAUUUUUGUAGCGCACUGCAGUAUCUGUAUUUUCAGUCAUAUUGUGGAACAAAAAAAAAUGCCUUUACAAACUUGAAAAUAUCUAUUUAAAACACUAAGAAGGUGAUAUUUAUUCAAAUUGUGGGUGAAACCCAUGAUUUUGUACUUAUAAGUUGUAUAUAUUUUUUAAAAUGUUAAUCAUGUACACGUUAAAGAUGCUAAAAUGAGGCUGCUAUAAGCGUCUCCAUGAAUAAAUCGCCUAUAUUUUCAUGGGUACUCAAAAGAGUUUAUUGUAGUUGCACCAAAAACAGUACCUUAAACUACUACACUUCAAAAAAUGAAAACAAUUAGGAACAACGAAGAUAUUUUUCUUAUAUUGUAUCAAAAGCCAUUGACUUUCAUUUUAAUGAAAUGGAUCUCAAAUAAUUGUAUUUUUAAACCGUCAACACGAGAGUUUUGUUGAAAAUAAAUGAAAAAACAAAUGUAAAAUGAGUAUCUUACUACAUUAAAUAUUUUUGGAUUUUAAA